AUGUUCACUCCCAUCUCGAAGUUCGUUCGGCGCGAUGAUUCUAGCGAUGGACUUUCCCCGUACAUGGUCGAUCUCCUGAUUUCCCUCCUGGUCCUUAUCCUACUCGGUAUCGCCAUGGUUGGUGCGCUCCUUGUCCUACGCCGCAAGCGCCUCAGCCGGGAACACUCGGAACUUCCUGUACACAACGGGCAAUGCGUGCCAAGCCAUCGUCGAUUCACGGUCUCCGCCUCGCCGAACGCCAAGACCGAGUCUGUUCUGGUCUAUGAUGAAAAGCGCAGCCUCAUGCAGAACUCGUCGAGCCCCCCGCCUAGCCCUGUCCCCGAGAUUCGCAUUACGUUCCCCGAGGAGGAGGACGAAUCCGGAAAGCGCAAGUCUGGUCGCGUGGUGGUGGUGAGGAUUACCGAUGCCGGUGGUGUGGGUUUGGAGCCUUGCAAUGAGGAGCUCCCCCCGUAUCAGUCCAGCGAUGCAGAGCGAUUCCAGUCGUUGGAUAUCGAGCGUAUGGGCGGCCUGAAGGAGAAGGAGGCCACGACUAGGUGGUCUUAG